AUGGCUACUUCGGUCUUUACCAAAGAUGCAGCCGCACUCAUCACCACCCCAUCACCACGCUUCGUCUUCGCCUCAGGCCAGAUCCCGCUCCUACCCUCAGGGGAGCUGCUGCAAGCGACGGUAGCAGAGGAGACAGCUCAAGUGCUGCGCAACGUCAGCGCCGUUCUGGCGGCGGCGCAGACGGAUCUCUCUAGGGUUGUCAAGGUUACCAUCUUCCUCACCAGCAUGGCUGAUUUUGGGGAGGUCAAUGGGGAAUAUUCCAAGUGGUUCAACGCGCAGGAGAAGCCGGCGCGGUCGUGCAUCGAGGUACGGGCGCUGCCGAAGGGCGCACGUGUUGAGAUCGAGGUUGUGGCUUUGGCUUAG